CUUUGACCGCAACAGCAGAUGACUGUAGAAUUCAGUAGUUCAUGUCAUGCGUUCGUACGGUAUUGUGUUGCGAUUUCUGUGUAAUAUCUAACUGCCUCGAAUGAAGUAGUUUGCCAAUGCCUUGUAAUGAUGCUACAGUAACUGUUCGUACAAUUAUUAUAUUAGUUUAAUUUCAUUUAUUGGGCACAUUUGAACGAUACGUUUGUUCCACGUUUAAUUCUUGUAUCAUCCUUGGCGCUUGUGGUUAUGGUUUGAGAUAGCCUUAGAAUUGGUGGCGUAGGAGGGCAAUCAUGGACUGCAAGGGAACUAGUUUGGUGAAAAAAGAGAAGAAUGAAAUAUAUGCUGAACCAGAAUCCUUGUUUCUUGAAGGUCCGCUAAAGAUUGUAACACCUAGUCUUCGUAUAAAGCAAGACCUAGAACUGAAACAGGAGGAUGGCAUUGAACAUGAUUGUCUUGAAGAUAACUUGGUAAUCUCUCAUCCAAAUGAUUUUAUCAAGGAGGAUCCUGAACUAAAUUUGGAGGUGGCAGCCUCAAUAAGAAAUGCAUCUGAUAGUUUAAGUUUCAUUCAAAGUGCUGGUGACAGCUGUGACAUUUCAUAUCAAGAAACAUUGCAUCAAGGAGUAGUCAAUGACAAGCUGGAGAAAGAUGCAGAGAAGUCCACAGAUUUCAGUGUGUCUCACAACUGUACCAAAGUACAGACUUCACAAGAAGACGGCUUAUGUGGCACAAGAUUAAGUUGUAGCAUCAGGGAAAAGGAAUUCCAUAAGUUUAACUGUAGUUUCUGCCUGCAGAGCUUCCCUUCAAAAUACAGACUCAUAAUGCAUAUCUUCAUCCACAUUGAUGGUGUGCAGGCACCUGCAUUUGUGUGUAAGUCAUGUGGUGAGGUAUUGCCGACUGAUGACUGCUUGAAAGAACAUUUGAGAGUGAGGGAGGUCGACCAAACAUUAUCUGCUACCAACAGUGAGAAACUUGAAUGCAGUGAUGAUCAUGAAAACAAUAUCUCCUUCGAGUGUGUACAAGAAGGAAUCGUGGAACAGACUGAGGAGCCCCCUUCAUACAAGGUACCCAGGAAAACUUUUAAAAAAUCCGUUAAUGACAUAUGUAAUACACAUACUGUGAAAGAAGCUGAAGAGAAACUUGAAAGAUGUAAUGACUGUGGAAUUUUAUGUGCAAGUGACCAUGUUCAUGUCCACACAGUGCUAAGUGCAAAGGGACAUCACAAAUGUGAUGAUUGUGGUAAAAUGUUUACUCAGUUAUGCAAUCUUAAGAAACACACUGGAGAGAGAUCCCACGAAUGUGUUGUUUGUAGAAAAUCGUUUACUGAAAGGGGCAGUCUCAAGAGACAUGAAUUAAUACACACUGGACAGAAACCACACAAAUGCGAUGUCUGUGGAAAAUCAUUUACUCAGUCGAGCCAGCUCAAGACCCACAUGUUAAUACACACAGGAAAGAGAUCACACAAAUGCGGUGUGUGUGCAAAAUCGUUUACGCGGUCGGCCUCUCUCAAGACACAUGUAUUAAUACACACAGGAGAGAGACCUUAUAAAUGCGAUACUUGUGGUAAAUUAUUUAAUGCAUUGAGUAAUCUCAAGGCCCACAAGUUAAUACACAGUGGAAAGAGACCAUACAAAUGUAGUAUUUGUGGAAAAUCUUUUACUCAUUGGAGCAGUUGCAGGAGACAUGAAUUCAUACACACUGGACAGAGACCACACAAAUGCGAUGUCUGUGGAAAAUCAUUUACUCAGUCGGGCCAUCUCAAGAACCAUAGUUUAAUACACACAGGAAAGAGACCACACAAAUGCGAUGUGUGUGCAAAAUCGUUUACUUACAGGGGCAGUCUCAAGAGACAUGAAUUAAUACACACAGGAGAGAGACCCCACAAAUGUGAUACUUGUGGUAAAUUAUUUAAUGUAUUGAGUAAUCUCAAUGCCCACAAGUUAAUACACAGUGGAAAGAGACCCUACAAAUGCAAUAUUUGUGGAAAAUCUUUUAUUCAUUCGGGCAGUCACAGGAAACAUGAAUUCAUACACACUGGACAGAGACCACACAAUUGCGAUGCCUGUGGAAAAUCGUUUACUCAGUUAGGCCAUCUCAAGACCCACAUGUUAACACACACAGGAAAGAGACCACACAAAUGCGAUGUGUGUGCAAAAUCGUUUACGCGGUCGGCCUAUCUCAAGACACAUGUAUUAAUACACACGAGUUGACCUCACAAAUGUGAUACUUAUAAUAAAUAAUUUAAUGUAUUGAGUAAUCUCAAGGCCCACAAGUUAAUAAACAGUGGAAAGAGACCCUACAAAUGUAGUAUUUGUGGAAAAUCUUUUACUCAUUGGGCAGUCACAGGAAACACAAAUUAAUACACACAACAUAGAGACCACUCAAAGUAUUGUUGAGGUCUGUAGACCUACACAUGUUGAUAGAAGACCACACGUGUUUUAUGAAAAUUGUUCGCAUGUGCUACAGAGAGGUCACAAAAAUUAUGACAAAUCCAUUUCCGCAGCUUCACAUUCGAAGAAGUUACAUACAAAAUACAACAUAUGAAGCACACAAUUGUGAUUUUUUGUUGCAAAUGCUCCAUGCUUUAACUGUUCGGGCUACCCAAAAUUUGUGCAUUGAGAGGUACCUUUUAUUCGUUUGAGAAGUAGUUUUGUGCAGUUAUCAGGACCCUAUAUUCAAGAAAAUGUACCAGUAUGCUGCUAAUUACUUGAAAGAAACUGCCGUUUCAAUCUUCAUGAGGCUGUAUCCACUACCCAGGCGACAGCAGAAAUGUGUUUAUUACACAUUCAUAAUGUAGGAUAUUUAUCUCAAGAAUGGAGAAAGAUACAAAAAUCGCUUGAUUAUGUGAACAUAUUAUUGAGGUAUGCCUCCUUAAUAGUAUUGCUAUUUGUGUGAUCAAUAAUCUGCACACAUGUGAACUUUCUGUGCUAGUUCUCUAUUAGGAAGUAACUGAUGGUGGCAUGUAUGCAGAGAUAAGGGAAAAACAAUAAUCAUCUGCCUAGUAGCGUUUUGAUUCACCUACAGACUGCAAUACAACAGUGCAUCCCUAUGGUAUAAGUCUACACACAUCUCACACCUUUCCCAUUAACUGUAGGCUAUCGGUUUAUUGCUGUCUAGUUGGUGUGCAAGAGCAUCCCAGAUUCAUUUCAUCAUGAUCUAAUGAGGUGAGCUGGGUGGGAAAGACAACAGUGUGAACCAUCAUGCUGCUCGAACCAUUGCAGUGUGAUUCUUACCUUGUAAUUUGGUCAGUUAUCCUGCUGUAAGAUGUUGUCACUCUCUGUAAAUACAUCAAGCAUUGAGUGAUAAGUUUGCAGUAAUGUUCAUGUUCUCCACAUCUGUCAUGGUGCUUUCAGUUAUGACCAGCUGUUUUCUUGCCAUCUCAUACGAAUAUCCCCCAUAGCAUGACACUGCCUCCAUCUUCCUGCACCAGUUGUGUGGUGCAUGUAUGAAACAACUAUUCAUCUGGAUAAUGACAUAUCUGAGCACAACCAUUCACUUGGUCUGAAAGAAAUGUCAUUUAUCCCAACAUGUGACACUUCCUUAUAGGUAUGCAGUCCAAUCUCGAUUAUCCUAUUUGUAUUGCUAUUGUAACUGACAAGAUCGUUAGAUCAACAUGGGAAUACAAAGCUGUUACAUAACUUGGGGCCUCAUGUUCAACAGUGUCUGCUUAAUAGCUUGAAACUCUCGAGCCUGCUCAAGCAUUUUCUUCUGUCUCCACAGAUUGCCAUCUAUCCCAUUUUACAGAGCAGCUAGGUUCUGAUUUGCUUGUUCUACAUAAUGGAUGGGCAUCCUACAACCUUUGUCAACUUGUGGUUUCACCAUCUUUCAACAAUGUUCCAUAGAGGCUCAUGGUAGAAGCAUCUGCACAGCCAACCACAUUCGCUGCUUCUGAGAUGCACUUACCCAGGCACCAUGCAAAACCAUCUGCUCUUUGGCAAAGUUAUUCACGCCAUUUUUUUACCAUACUGUCACUAGAAUGAUAACCACUCAUUUCUGGUUGUAUAGUUUCAUUACUACGUGACAUAGCCACAAUGACGCUGGGUAGCAAACACUCCUCCUACAGAAGUGGAUUUAGUGAUUUGGAUUAACAGUGUAUCUUCACAAAAAAGGCCUUUUGGUAAAUUGUGUAGUAAUUCAAUUUUUCUGCUUUGUUAAAUUUUAUGUAAAUACACUAUUGUCAGUUCAAGUGCCGUAUUUAUUGUGAAAAUCUUUUUUUUUAUUACAAAGCUCUGUACAUUAAUUUUAUGCAUCAAAUCUUUUAAUUAUUUGUCUGUUUUUAAAUACCAUGUAACUACUGUACAAACAUCAGUGGGAAAACUGUCAUCAUGUAGUGUCAGAUUAUAAUUCCGAUUGUUUGUAGAAACACAAGGACAGUUGAAAGAGCUCAGUGUGAUUUCUAGGUUAUGAAUUUAAUCCAAAUGCAUAAUUUUUAUUGUAAUAAGUUUAUUUAUCACAUGUACUUUCUUUCUAAUUGCUUUGUUUUAAUUUGAUUUUUUAGUUGUCUUUUAUCUGCUUUAAACAUGA